GAAUAAAGAUUCCUUCCCUCUCUUUUCGCGUAACUAAUUGCAGUGCAUUGAGAGAACCUCUCUGUUCUCCAAUGGCGUCGUCUUCUUCGUCUUCAUCUCGAGCUCCAGGAGUGAAUGUGGGAAUCUUGCUUGAUGAGGCAUUGAAUGGAGACCUGGCAUCGUUCAAGUUGGCUUUGUCUGGCCUUGACAUUCGAAGUCAAGGAGAUUUAGCAGAAACGUUGACGAGGAUGACGGAUAAAAACGGUAGGAACGCUCUGCAUUAUGCAGCGAUCGGAAAAAGAGGAGCACUUCGCAUCUGCAGAUAUCUUGUUGAGAAAGUGAAGCUUGAUGUCGAUAUCAAAGAAAAGAAAUAUGGUCAGACUCCUUUACAUAUUGCGACUACUGGGAAGUCUUUUCCAGUUGUUCGAUAUCUUGUUGAGAACGGUGCCAAUGUGAAUGCUGCAGAUCUUUCUGGAAAAACUCCUUUGCUUUAUGCUGCAACACUAGGCAUGUUAACUACUUUGAAGUGCAAAUUGUUUGUUUGUUUGACUUCAGUUGUUCUAUUCAACUGUUCUAGCUGAAGUAGGCAGAAGCUAUUGUUUUAAUUGUCUGUCUAUAUGUUGGAGUGAAUGAAUGGAUUAUGAGCGAACAUGGCAUUUCAGGUUUUUUCUUGUGCCCUGUUUUAGCUUGUGGUGGGUUAAUCAGUUUUAUGUACUGCACUUGAAAUAUAUUGCAGAUAGAGAACAUGCUUCGGGAACACUUUUGCCUGGCAAAAGCAAAGGGGGAUGAGGCUCUUGAGAGAAAGGAUUAUCUUUUGGCAAAAUUUUGGUAC